AUGCUUUGCUAUUCUGGCUUAUUAGAUACAACUUCAACUAUAAAUUGGGUCAUUCGUGGGAGUGUAUGUCCCUUUCCACGAAAUAGAGUUGAUGCCUCGUUGCGCGAAGCCGUGAUUCCACCAUACAAUUUCGAGUCUGAGAUUUUCCGUUCCCGCGACCGAACCCCAAACACUCUCACACCCGUUAAUAAAAAAAACCAUCCACCCAAUUCCUCCCCACACGCGACAAUGCCACAAUUCUCACUAGAUGACUUCGACAAGCACAUUGCUAGCCUCCAGUCGCAACUCCGCAGUCUGAACUCUGCGCUCGAAGCCACAGACCACAAUUCCCCCGAAUGGCUCGCGACGGAUCUCAUCUCGCUGCGGAAUAAAUCGGGGCGCUUGCAGGAUGACAUGCAGCAAUUCCGGGAACGGUUGGAGAGCGAGGGAUUGGGUGUACGAAAGGAAUCAAACAAACGCCUUAGCAUCGAAGGCGCAUCCGACAAAAUCCCACCGCCCAGGAAAUCCCUCGAAUCCGCAAGCGCGAAAUCCUUUCACGAUCUAGAAUCGCAUCGUCGACUCUCCUCCGCGGCAACUACGACCGCCGUCAACACAGCUAUGAACCCGUUGUCAUCACCUCCGCCGCAAGCGCAACCCUCGAUAUCAGACUACACACCGCAGCAUAUGGACGUUAGCGAAGAAGUGCACCGCCGGUUGCAAGAAAGCCGGCUGCGGAGGCUCAUGGGGUCGCCGUCGACGUCGCAGAAGCGGAAGUACAAUGUUUUCGAGAGCACGAAAAUGGGCGUGGAGCUGGAGGGUGGAAAUGCUGGUGACGAAGAGGAGGAGGAGGGAGGGGAGACGGAGAGGAGUCCGUUCAAGAGGAUUAAAGCGAGUGGGAGCUUUGGGGGAAUGGUGAGUGCAUCGAUUGAUUCGGUGUUGAAAAGAAAGGAUGGAGAUGGGGGUGCUGGAGGUGGGAAGAACAAAAAGAGGAGGUUCGCAAGAUAA